CUGAGUGAUACCUUAGCCUCCAAUGCUGCACAGAACUGUUUCCAGACCUGCAAGAUGAACUGGGGUCCGCGGUCCGAGAGGAUGCCCUGGGGGAUGCCGUGCAGACGAAAAAUGUGUUUGACAAGAUGUUGAGCUGUUUGGAGCGCAGAUGGAAGUUUCCUAAGGGGAAUCAGGUGACAUGACUUGGAAAACCUGUCAAUAAUGGUGAGUAUGGUGGUCAUACCUUGGGAGCAGGGAAGGCUUGUGAUGAAAUCCAGGGCAAUGUGAGACCAGGGUCUCCUGGGAACACUGAGAGGUUGUAAAAAACCUGCUGGGGGUUAAUUAGAUGACUUGUUAUGUGCACAAACUGUACAGGCCUUGACAUAAUCUUUGACAUCCUUGUGGAUGGAUGACUAACAGAACCUUCUUGAAAUUAGUGCAAUAGUUCUACUUGUACCAGGAUGGGCAGAGAACUUGGAAGAAUGAAACCAAUGGAUGAGCUGAGGGCGGACUGAGGAUGGAACAUAUGUGCGAUUUGGUGGGCCAGUUCCAGGAUCAAGUUGAGACUGCUUAGCCUGGAGGUGGGUUGAUGCAGCGAUGCUCCCAUGACUGCUUGCUGAUUCACCCUGUCUUGGAGGAGGAGAUCUGCUCCGAUUUUGUCAUAUUUUUUAGGAGCAGGAAGGAUCAUUGACUUUUCUUGCAUUCAGACGAGCAUCAUGUCUGUGGCCAACUAUCAGCUCACCGAGGAGCAUCUCUGGUGCUGCAUCUGCCUGGACGUGUUCACCAAUCCUGUCACAUUGCCCUGUGGACACAACUUCUGCAGAAGCUGCAUCCUGGAGCAUCUGAAUUCGAACCCUCAGCGGCAGUGCCCCAUGUGCAAGGAGCGGGUGGAAAAGAAGCACACGCUUGGGGUGAAUACGUUUAUAUCUGAGCUGGCUGUCCAGUACAGGCAGUCUGCAGGAAGGAAAGCCAGGAACAGCCCACAGCAGCUUGUCGUGAUGCCAGGAAAACCUUCUUGUGAUCUUCCUGUUGGACCUAAACACCUGUCCUCAAGGUGCUGCUUGCUGUUAGCUGUUACCCUGGUGGCUGUGCUCCUUUUCUUCACAGCUAACCUACAUUUCCAUCAAAAACUUAACAGCAACGAGAAUCCAUCGCUCAUUUCUUUGGUGGAAAAGACUGAGAACAUCUGCUCCGAGCACCAUGAACCUCUGGAGCUCUACUGCAAGAAUGAACAAAUAAGCAUUUGUCAGAGAUGCAGGACCUCCAGCCACAGGUUCCACCAGGUGGUUCCUGUGAAAGACGUAUACGAAGAAGAGAAGUCUGAGCUUGGGAAAACACAAGCCAGGAUCCAACAGGUGAUCUGGCAGAGACGGCUGAAGAUCCAGGAGCUCAAACACUCAAUGAAACUCAGCGAGGAGGCUGCGGACAGAGAGAUGGCAGAUGGGGUCCACAUCUUCACCUCUAUGAUUCAGACUUUAGAGAAAGCUCAGGCUGAGCUGAUUGGGUUGAUUGAGGAAAAGCAGGGAGCCAUGGAGAAGCAGGCUCAGAGUUUCAUUGCUGAGCUGGAGCAGGAGAGGUCUAAGCUGAAGAGGAGGCAGGUUCAGCUGGAGCAGCUCUCCAAAGAUCCUCUCCUCUUUCUCCAGAGCUUUCCAGUUCUGAACACCGUUCCACCGACUAAAGACUGGACCCAAUUGAGGAUCUGUCCGGUAAUAUAUGAAGGAUUGACGAGGACAGCCAUGGUGAGAGCCAUGAAUCAGCUGACGGAGGUCAUCAGAAAUGCAAUGAAUAAGCUGCGGGACGCAGAGACGAAGAACGUCCACCAGUUUGCCGUGGAUGUAACUCUGGAUCCUGAUACGGCACAUCCUGCACUCGUUGUGUCAGACGAUGGAAAACGGGUCCACCAUGGAGACGUCUGGAAGAAACUCCCGUACCAGUCCAAAAGAUUUGAACCCGCUAUUAAUGUCCUGGGGAAGCAGGGCUUCUCCUGUGGAAGAUUUCACUAUGAUGUUCAGGUUAAAGGGAAGACUGCUUGGACUCUUGGAGUUACCAAAGAAUCAGUCAACAAGAAGGUGGAACUGAACCUAAACCCAGAAAAUGGCUACUGGACCAUUCGUCUCCAGAACAAAAAAGAGUUUGUUGCUCUCACUAACAAACCGGUUCCUCUGUCUGUGGGAUAUAAACCAGAUACGGUGCGGCUGUUUGUGGAUUAUGAAGAGGGUCAAGUAUCAUUUUAUGAUGUUGAUUCUGCAGUUCUGCUACAUUCCUUCUCUGGGUGCUCCUUUACUGAAACACUCUACCCAUUCUUCAGUCCAGGUCCAAAUGAUGAUGGCAGGAACUCUGCUCCUCUUAUUAUCUCUUCUCAACAUUGAGAAAAGUCCCGCAUUUAUUGGUCUUUUUGUCUUUUCGAUUUAAUGCAAAUGUGCAAUUUUAUUGGGUGUACUUUGUAUUUAGCAGAACUUUGACUCUUGGUGUUUUUCUUACAUGC